ACUAGGAAGCGUGGACACAUCAAGGCCACCUGGCUCCACAGACAGGUGGGUGGGGAAAGCCAGUUUCAGACUUACCAUGGAGAAGAUUUCAGUGCCCACGUUCUUACUCCUCGUGGCCCUCUCCUACACGCUGGCCAGAGAUACCACAGUCAAACCCGGGGCUAAGAAGGACGCGAAGGUCCCCCAACCCAAACUGCCCCAGACCCUCUCCAGAGGUUGGGGUGACCAACUCAUCUGGACUCAGACAUACGAAGAAGCGUUAUACAAGUCCAAGACAAGCAACAAACCCUUGAUGAUUAUUCAUCACUUGGACGAAUGCCCACACAGCCAAGCUUUAAAGAAAGCAUUUGCUGAAAAUAAAGAAAUCCAGAAACUGGCAGAGCAGUUUGUCCUCAUCAAUCUGGUUUAUGAAACGACAGACAAGCACCUCUCCCCGGACGGCCAGUACGUGCCCAGGAUCAUGUUUGUUGAUCCAUCUCUGACAGUCCGAGCCGACAUCACAGGAAGAUACUCAAAUCGCCUCUAUGCUUAUGAACCUUCGGACCUAGCUCUGCUUCUCGACAACAUGAAGAAAGCACUCAAGUUGCUGAAGACAGAAUUGUAGAGAAAAAACAAAGUUUGCAAGUAUGAGAUCUGGAGCCAGAGGGGAUUUCAGAAGGCUCUGGAGAAGGCGGGAGCCGGUGGACAUGCUCAUUAGCCUACAGUUGAAUGUUACAAGUUACUUUUUUAAAAAAUUUGGUUUCAAGUAUACAUGUAUGAAAACAAUAUUGUGUACUACCAUAGUGAGCCAUACUUUUUAAAAAAAUAAAUCCU